UAAGCUACGGAUGACAUACCCAAGUCCCAGCUUGAUAUGGAAGCUACUCGGUCACUGACGCCAAAAUAUCAUGUAUAUAAACACUCAUGCUAUUUAUCAACAUCAUUUGAAAAAUCCCGAACAUCAAAAAGGUAUUUGAUUCAAUUGCGAUUCGAUUCGGAACACGAUUCAAAUAUGUUUACAUCACCUGCUUAUUCGCAUUCCAGCAGUGGUACUUUUGGGUUUCCAUUAGUUUUUGGAGAAGGCAAUCAGAAGGUAGAUGCAACAGGAAUGUCAAAUUAUGGGGGAACCUCAACCUGGACAUAUGCUCAAACCUCAUCCCCUUCAUCUUCCACAACAAUAUUUGGAGCUUCAUCACCAUACGGUUUUGGAAGUUCAUCUUCCAGUGGAGCUAAUGCCACAAGAUCAACUUUUGAUCUUCAAAAGUCACCUUUUGGUGGCCAAGAUAGAGGGAGCAGAAUUGCAAAUUACAAAACAACCCUUGAGACUGAGUAUAAUCCAGAGAAACUUGUAUCAAUUUCUGCCAUGCCUGUUUACAAAGCUAAAAGCCAUGAAGAACUAAGGUGGGAAGAUUACAAGUUCACCGAAAAAGGUGGAUUUGGUCCAAGUUCUACAGCAAUAAAGUCAACAUCAUCCACUCUAUCUCCUUUUACCUCAUCAUCAUUUACUAAUUUUUCUACAAAUUCAUGGGGCACCACUUCAGUUUCUUCAACACCAAUUACACCGAACCCAUUUUCAAAAAGAAGCAAUUCGGUAGCCACAGAGACGCCCACAUGGAGCUGGAAGUUUCCGGGACCCACAUCCACUCCACAGCCUCUUCACUUUUUAUCUUCUACAAACAAUUCUUUGAGCAGUUUUACUUCUUCUCCUUUAAACUCAUUCAACCCAUUUCUUUCCAAAACAAACCUCACAUCUCCAGCCUCCUUUACAUCCACAUUUGCACCUUUGAAUCAAAAUCCUUUCACUUCACUACCCACUCAAAUGUCUUCCUCCAGUUUUUCAAGUCCUACAUUUGCACCAUUUAUCAAACCAUCUUCUUCAAGUGGUUUCUUUCCAACUCCAAUAGUGACUUCACCUGCUAACUCUAUGAGCUCUGGUUUGUGUUCAACUUUUAAUCAACCAACAACAUUGUUUCCAUCAUCUUCAAGCACCUCAGUAUCAUGGUCACAUGAACCUUUGAAUCAAAAUCUCUUGAAAAACCCUUUCACCUCACAACCCACUCAGACCUGUUCUACAUCUGCAGCUUUCACUCAUGGUGUAGUUACCAUGGUGACUACACCUGCUACCUCUGUUUCAGUUUCACCUUUCAAUCAACCAACAACAUUCUUUAAGCCUUGUGCUCCUUCAACUCAGAACUAUAAUGGGGAAAAUACAACAGGAAUUAUUAGCCAAAUUACUAGCAAAAACCAAAAUCCAUUUGGAACACUUCCUCCAAUAUCUCACUUGUCUUUUGAAUGUUCUCAAUCGAUUCAGUAUGGGAUAUCCAGCAUACCUGUCAAAGACAAAUCUGCCAUGGUCAAAUAUCCCUUGUUGACUCCAAGGCAUUUGUACAGAAGAAACAAGCUACCAGUUCAGAAGUAUGACCCAAAACUAAAUAGUUUAAAGAUGCCAUUUUUUAGUGACACCAAGGAGAUACCAGUUGCUGCAUUCUUCCCAAGGGAAAAUCCAAGGGAGUUGGUUAUCAAAGGGAACAUGCAUAAACAAAAGUUGUCAGAUAACACGUAUGAAAAUGAGAAAGAUGAUAUCAAGGUUUAUGAUUCUUCAAAUGAUCAAACCAAAGAGAAAAAAAAGUUCCCAUCAGUCCUUGAUGUCCCAUUAAAACUUCAACUCCCUGACUACUACACAAAACCUGAAAUUUCAGAGUUGGAAUCAAAAGAAAGGGCUGAGCCAGGGUUUUGCAGCCAUGUUAAUGACUUUGUAAUUGGGCGCCAUGGCUAUGGGAGUAUUAAGUUCUUAGGGGAGACUGAUGUGAGAAGACUCGAUCUUGAAAGUUUUGUCCAAUUUAAUAACCGAGAGGUUAUUGUGUAUAUGGAUGACACCAAGAAACCUCCCAUUGGCCAAGGGCUCAAUAAACCAGCUGAGAUAACACUUCUUAACAUCAAAUGUAUUGAUAAAAGAAGUGGAGUGGAGUACAAGGAUGGUUUGAAGAUUGAUAAAUACAUAGAGAUGUUGAAGAAGAAGGUGGUGGCACAAGGUGGUGAGUUUAUUUCAUAUGAUCCGGUUGAAGGUGAAUGGAAAUUUAGAGUCCAACACUUCUGAAAACUAUUCUCUUGAUGAUUUAUUGAUGUUGAUACUAGUAGUAAUGAUUGGAGUUUGUAUUUUGCUUAUGUAAUUAGAAGAAUUUUUAUGGUUCUUUCCUUCUUAUUUGUAUUUUGCAAUAAUGUAAAUGUUAAGUGCAAAGAACAUUUAUG